AUGAGGCAAGGUGAUCCCAUUUCACCCUUCUUGUUUGUGGUGGCCAUGGAAGCCUUAUCGUGUAUUAUUGACAAAGUUGUGGAGGUCGGAGUGUUACCGGGGAUUAAGCUUCCGAAUGAUGGUCCGACGUUGUCUCACUUAUUCUUUGCGGAUGACGCCUUGAUUGUUGGGGAAUGGGGUGAGAACAACGCUAUGAAUGUCGUGAGAAUCUUAAGGUGUUUCCACGCGUGUUCUGGUUUAAGGAUUAAUCUUAGCAAGUCUAACUUAUAUGGGAUAGGGGCGAAUAGUGCGGAGGUGGAAGAUUUAGCUAACGUGGUGGGGUGUAAAAAGGACACCCUCCCCUUUAAAUACCUUGGGUUGAAAGUGGGGGCAAAUAUGAAUCGAAUUAACAAUUGGAAGCCAGUGUACGAUAUAUUCGAAUCUAGAUUAGCUCUUUGGAAAUCCGCGUUCUUGUCUAUGGUAGGGAGAAUAACGCUCAUUCGUUCCGUUCUCCAGAGUCUUCCGAGUUAUUACUUCUCUCUAUACAGAGCCCCGGUAAAAGUUAUUAAGGACUUGAAAGGUAAAAUUAAGAAGGUUUUAUGGGGAGGGUCUAAUGAGGUAAAAAAACUCACUGGGUCUCUUGGGAUGUUGUGGCUUCGCCUAAAAAAAGCGGUGGUAUGGGGCUUAGUAAUCUUCAUAACAUUAACAUUGCUCUUCUUUGCAAAUGGGGAUGAAGAUACAAAUGUGAGAAGGAUAACCUUUGGGUUAAGGUGGUUGAUUCUAUCCAUGCUAGUGGGUCGGGCUGGUCGUUUCUUCCGGAUAAAAAGUCCCUCGGUGUGGGUCUGGCACAAUAUCGUGGCUGUUUUCAAUAAGCCGGUUCAGGGUGGUUCGAAGCUUCGCAAUCUGUUUAGAGGUUCUGUCGGCAGAGGUGAUAGCCUUCUUUUUUGGUUGGAUCCUUGGUUGACGGAUUCUCCUCUCAAAGAUAUAUACCUUAAUCUGUUUUCGCUUGAAGUGGUCAAGUCUUGCCUGGUUCGGGAUCGGUUAGCAGGUAACUGGUUAUGGAGGCACGACCCGUCUUUAGAGGAUGAGAUGAUGGAGCUGUCGGCUUUGACUGAUGCUGUUGACUCGGUCUCCCUGAGCGACGGUAACGACAGGUGGAUUUGGAAGGGUGAUAGUUCAACUUGCUUUUCGGUUGGCUCUCUUAAGAGAGUUCUGGAGGGUGCUCCUGUCAAUGACAGUGGUUUUUUUGCUUGA